AUGACUCAAGAACAAUUGAUUCUUGCCAUACUUUGUGGUAUUAUUGAAGAAAGGAACAGACGCAACAACAAGUUCCACGCGCUGUGCGACGCUCUACGGCUGGAUAAGAGCACUUACUACACAGUAAAAGGGUUCCUAAAUAACGAUCAUGAUGAAGAAAAAACGGCUAGACAUUUGGUUGUACAAACAAUGUGCAAUCCUAUCGACUGCUGUCUGGCUGUCACAAUGGCUUACUCUGAAGUGAAUGGCUAG